GUUUGUUGUUCAAAUCGGUCUUUCUGGGAAACGCAGCUGUCUACAGCAACUUGCUCUGUGUUGGAUAUUUUGAAAACUGAAGAUUCUUCGCGGAUUAAAUUCGGAAUGGACAUAACCUUGAACUAAAUUUACCCAACUUUUUUACUUCGGAUAUAUUCAAUUUUUAAAAUGUUGGACAAACGUAGUGUUGAGCUGCGCUUGGAUCAGGAGGAUGUCAAAGGAAAAAAUGGUAAGAAUUUGGAGGUGCCAGUGCCAUAUGUUUUUCAUUUAAUGGCUUAUUAUGUGUCAUGAAUGUAUGGUUGACGUUUGACUGGAAUAUCAAGGUUGAUCAAGACAGGAGGUAUAGCCAGUACAGAUAUUUGCUUCCACAACAAGCAAGACACAUACCUAGUAAUGACACAAUUACUGCAGUGGACAUAAAGCUAGUUUCUUACAUAGCCUACCCUACAUUACAGCUUUGAUUAUGUUUUGAUGUAUGUUCUUUGACACCACAGGUAAAGAGUCCUUUGAGAAGCAUUACCAAUUAGGUGCGCUUCUUGGAAGCGGUGGAUUUGGGUCCGUCUUUGCUGGUCAACGCAUCUCAGAUGGUCUGCAGGUACUUACAGCAAAAUGUGAAGAGAACAUAGUCAAUUAAUGAUCAAUAACAAAAAUUCAAAACCUGUUUUUAGACAAACAACAAUGAAAAAAAAAAUGACAUAUGAACACUAAUAUUGUUUAUUUAUCCUUAGGUGGCAAUUAAACAAGUUUCAAGUGACAGAGUGCAGCAAUGGGCGCGAUUGGUAAGUUUACCCCCCCCCCCCCCCCCAUAAAAAAACAACAACAACUACGUUAUAUGAUUUAAGAUGUGCGUUUUUAUUUCUUGUUGGGGCUUCUGCCAAGUGUAUUUUGUUGUGGUUACCAUUCUUGUACACCUGACAGUCUGGUCAUGUGUGGAAAUAAAAAGCUGGUAUUUUGUGCCCUCUGCUGGGAAUCGGAAGAGAAACCACAUGUUGUGUUUUCAUAACCGUGACGUGGUUGUCAUUUUGUGGAAAUUACGUGGUAGGGUUUUUCCUCAAAUAAAAAAUAAUUUUGAGGAACUUAGUAGCAGUAUUUCCCCUGUCUGGACAAAACAAUUCUCAUGUGUUUUAGCAACUAGUAUAUUUAUGCUGACUGACUCAUAAUUAUACUAACCCUCCCUCUCUCUCUCUCUGCCAACAGCCAGAUGAACCCAACCUGGUACCCAUGGAGAUUGCCCUGCUCUUACAGCUGGGGGGUGGAGCAGGGGCAGGACCCUGGCACCAUGGGGUGAUCAAGAUGCUGGACUGGUUUGAGGUGCCAGGACAGGGAUUCCUCAUCGUGUUCGAAAGACCACAACCCAGUCAGGACCUCUUUGACUUCAUCACAGAGCAGGGAGCCCUGGAUGAGCCACUUGCACAAAGGUAUAUGACUGUUUCAAGUCAGUAGACCUAUUUCACUCACAGGUUAAACAUCCCCACUCUGUUUCCAUGUGUGGGAGGCUGCUGGGUUUUCUGUGCUCAUUAAUGUGAUCUUAUAUGAUAUUCUAACCAGGGCUUGUUUUUCCAGGUUCAUGCUCCAGAUAGUGGAAGCGCUGCGGUUCUGUCAAGCACAAGGGAUCGUGCAUAGAGAUGUGAAGGAUGAGAACAUUUUAGUCGACACUCGGACAGGAGAUGUUAAGAUCAUUGACUUCGGCUCUGGUGCUCUGCUCAAAGACACUGCUUACACAGAAUUUGAGGGUAAGUGAAAAACAUUACUUAUUAUAUCCAUAUGUACCCCUCUAAACUUAUUUUAGAAGAAUUGAUGCCUCUUAUUUUGUUUGUAAUGUAAUCGUCCCUUUCUCUCACUAGGCACCAGAGUGUACAGUCCUCCUGAGUGGAUCCAACAUCAGCACUACCAUGCCCGGUCCCUGACUGUCUGGUCAUUGGGAGUGCUUCUCUUCGACAUGGUUUGUGGGGACAUCCCCUUCGAGAGGGACAGAGACAUUGUGCAGGCCUCGCCAAGUUUCACCAAACGCAUUUCAAAAGGUACAUUUCUACAUAGACCUAUUCUUACUAUCUGACAACAUUUCUAGGGCAAUGACAGAACAAAUUCUGGAUUUCAUUUCUAAUUGCAAUUCAUCAUGACUGAAAAUCCUCUUCUUCUUUUUCCCCCCAGAGUGCCAGUCUUUGGUUCGUUGGUGCCUUGCCUACAGACCAGAGGAUCGGCCAAGCUUAGAAGAGAUUUUACUCCAUCCCUGGAUGGAGUCAUCUAACGACAGUGGAGACUUGCAUGGGGAUCACAACUCUUUGCCAAGCCAGUCAAGCCUAUGAUUCCUGGAUACUAUUGGGUGGUUAAAGAAACUUCAGAUGCCUUUUUAGAUCACACUUAUCUUAUUAUCACUGUGCUUAACUUAUCAAGUCCCCCUAUGGAAAGGUAUUUAUUUAUCAUUUUGCGGUGUUGCUAUACUAUUUUAUUUUAAUUUGACAAGUGUUAUAGAAAUAUACUGCACUAACGUACUACCUUAGUACAAAGAAAUGUAUCACACACUUAUCUUGAGCCAAGGCAAACUAUAUCUAAAUUAUCUUCAUACGUGCUACAAAAAGGCACAUUCCAUAGUAAUAUAGACUAUAUUGGGAAGAGAUAUGUAUGCUUUAUUUUUUAUCAUUUAUGGGUAUUUAUUUCAAUUACUAUUUAUUUAUCUUAAGGGUUGGACUUUCUGUUUACAUCAGUUAUACUGGAGGCAUGUCGAAGUUUCUGAUACCAUUUGAUUCUAUUAUUUCAUGUGAUUUGGUUGAGAUCACAUACUUUUCCAUGUGAAGACCUGGUUUUACAGGUUAUUUAAGUUACCUCGUUUCAAGAGGAAUAAAGGACUACAAAACAACAGUAAUCCGGAGCACUAUGCAUAUCUUCAAUUUUCCAUGGAUUUUGUCCUGAGGGUUAGGGAGUGGCACAGGCAAGGCAACAUCUCUAUGGACGCUCAAGUCAGGCUCAUAUGCCUCAUACAAUGGACUUAUUCACUGGAGCUGAGUAGUCUUGGGAAUUGGACAUUGACAAUGUUUUCUCUUCAAAAUAAUAUUUGCAUAUUCUUUUGGAACAUUAACACAUUUAGAAUGUCAAAUAGUAUCCAGGAUGUAAUACUAUCCUUCAGGAUUCACCUUUAGAAUGUCUGUGUAAUUUUUUGUGACGGGCAGGCCUCCAAGAGUUUUGUCAACACCACAGCAAUGAGACAUCCUAGAAUGUGUCCAAACCAGAAACUAAACUGGAUGAUCUUUCACAUACUUUAUCUUGGAGGGAAGUUAAAAUCUGUAAUUCCAUUUUCCUUCCUAGGACUUAUGUUCUUGUUUUUUGUGGAGUUUGAAGGUUUACCUGAAGUAACUGCCUCAGUGUUUUUAAUCAGUGGCUGUUGUUCAAGACAGUAGACAACAUUCAAACUGGGUGAUUUACUUUUGUAUUAUUUAUUUACUUUGGUUUUAUUGGUGCAAGUGGGACCCACAUGACCAAUUGUAUGUAUAUAUGUUGUUCUUUAAAUGUUGAUGAGACUUCAUCGUGUGCCUUAAUCUAAAUCCUACCUUAAUGGUGGGACUGUAACGACAAACAUUUUCUAAUUCCAAAAACAUGAAUGACUCAAUUUACCCAAUGGAAGAGUUAACACAACAUUGAAAUCUUGUCAUGAAAAUGGGAUAAAAGAGCAUCAUUCCACUUCAUUGUUUAAAACUAUAAUUGUCAUAAUCAUAGUCAAUGAGCUGAGGUAGCAUAGUUAUAUUUGUUGUAAAUACUUGUGUAUUGUUGUUUUAUACACUGCCAGUUGUCACAAAUCUCUUUACAUGAAAUGAGAAUUUCAGGAGACACAUUCCAUCAAAUUCUUGAUUCUAACGUGUACAUAAAGGCUGUCAAUGUU